AUGGCGAGCAACGGCGCGGCGCCGGCAGCCGCUGCGGCGACGCUGGACCGCAUCAAGCCACCACAGGGGGUCAUUAUGCCGCCGCCAGGUGAGAUCCGUGAGGUGAUUGAGAAGACAGCCGGCUAUGCGGUGCGGGGUGGUGCCGGCAUCGAGGCGCGGCUGCGCGAAAACCACGGCAACAACCCGCGGUUCAGCUUCGUGACGAGUCCCGACGAUCCGUACAACGCGUACUACGAAUGGCGCAAGGAGGAGUACCGGGCAGGGCGGGUGACGGCCGUGGCGGCCGGUCGUGUGGGCGAGGGCCAGGCGGGGGCGGCUGGCGGGACGGCAGACGGCACAGCAGCAGCGGCGCCCAAGGGCCCCGAAAAGCCGCCAGACUUUGCUUUCUCGGCGCGGCUUCCGAUCAUGAACGCCAAGGACCUGGACAUGCUGCGGCUGACAGCCUCGUUUGUGGCCGUGCACGGCCGGCGCUUCCAGACAAGCCUGCUGCAGCGGGAGGUGAACAAUGCGCAGUUCCAGUUCCUGCUGCCGAGCCACUCGCUGCACAACUACUUCCAGCGGAUGGUGGACCAGUACGCAGCGGUCAACAAGGAUCUGGGGGUGGCGGUGGCGCCCGGAACAAAUGGCGAGGAUGGCAAGGACGGCAGUGGCGACGGGGACAGCUCGGCCGCCCGGCUGGCAACGCUGCGACGCAACGCCGACGACCGAUUCGCAAUCCUGCUGCAGGCUAAGCAGCGGAUCGCGUAUUCCGAGUGGGAAGAGGCACAGCGCAAGAAGGAGGAGCACGAGCGCGACGUGGAGAAGAAGGAGGUUGAGCGCAUCGACUGGACCAACUUCACGGUACUGGAGACGAUUGUGUUUGGCGACGAGGACGACGCGGCCGCACUGCCGCCACCGACGUCGCUCAACGACCUGCAGUACGCCUCACUGGAGGAGAAGAGCAAGAUGACGAUGGCGGCCAACCGCAUGAUCGAGGAAGCCUUCCCAUACUAG